CCGAGAGCUCCAAGGCUGCCUGGGGGGCGGCCCUGCACGGAGCUCCCUGUGUGCACGGGGUUCCUGCGUGCGCGGGGGACGUGCGGCGUUGAGGAGGGAGCUUCACGCCAGCCUCGCGCGUCUUCUCUGGAGUGGCGGACAUGGGCCCUCCGCGGCGCGGGGGAGUUCCCCGCGCUCCCCUUUCCCCUGCCUUGGUCCCUUUGAGAUGGGCGGGCGCUGACGGUGCUCAAGAUCUAGCGGGAUUGGACCCGUCUAGAUUAGAGUGGGACAGGUGAUGGGCCUUCCUUUGCUGAGGUGCUGGCCUCGCCUCUUGCAGUUGCCUGGAGUUUUUUCUCGUUGAAACACGAGUUCUGUCUGUGGGAGCACAAGGGAAAAACAGACUGCUCCAAGCCACAGGAGAGGGACGGAAGGGACAGCCAGGAAGAUCACCUCUGUAGCGCUGCUGCUACAGUUAGAGAGAAGCCUGCUGCCUCUCCUCUCUUUUUCUUUUGAUCUUCUGGAGAGGAGAGGCAAGUUGUCUUUCACUGCUGUGAUGCUGUAGCAGUGGAGAAUAUAGGCUGUCUUGCAAGCUGCAGAACUUGUUCGAGAUGGCUUCAAGCCCCAGCUAACUGCUUGGUUUAUUUUAUUUGAGAGUCAGCCCUGUGAAAAGGCCCACUAACAGAGAAAGAGAUUAGCACCGUGUUAACUGCGCGGUUCUCUCUCCUUUGCUGCAGUGCCCACUUUAACCGCUGUCUCCUGCUCUGCCUGCUCCUACUUUCAGUAUGGUAAAGAAGAACACUAUCCCAGAUGGAUGGCGGAGUGUGACACCGAUUGGACAGCCUAUACCUGGAACAAGAUUUAUUGCAUUCAAAGUACCUUUAAAAGGAGCAAUUAACCAGAGGCUUACUCCAACUCAGAAAUUUACACCAAAGGACUUAAUUGCUGCAGUGAAAGCACUAAAUGUGGAGCUUGGAUUAGUUAUUGAUUUAACGUAUACCACACGAUACUAUGAAGUUAAGGAUUUACCUAAAAGUGUGCAGUAUAAGAAACUUUAUACUGUUGGACUUGAAGUCCCCGAUAAUGCUACUAUCCUACAGUUCAAAAAAUGGGUCAGAAAAUUCCUAUGGGAAAAUGCAGGAAAUGAGAAACUUAUCGGCGUUCACUGUACUAACGGAAUUAAUAGAACUGGCUACCUUAUAUGUAGAUAUCUUGUGGAUGUUGAAGGCUGGGAUCCAGAGACAGCAAUCCAAGCUUUUGGUGAUGCAAGAGGUCAUCACAUGGAUGGUCUUGUAUAUCUCACAGAUCUCAGAACACAACCAAUGAGAAGUAACCUUGGAAUGGAUGUAUGGGAUUCAGAUGAAGAUAUUAUUCCUCCACCACAUGCAAUGGAAGGACCUGUAGAGCGGUUCCCAAAUGAAGAUUUUCAGGGGUCUGGGAAAAGAUUAAGAAUUUAUGAUGACCACUCUCACAAUGAUUUGCAAGGACAGAUACCAUUGAGAGAUUUUGAUUUCAUUAAUAAGGGAUCUGGACAAAGACCAUUUCAUGACAGUCAGGCUGAGGAUAACUUAAGAGCACCAAUGCAGAUGAGAAAUUGGGACUACAAUAGAGGACCAGGACAGAGGCGAAGACCCUUUCGUGAUCACCAGUUUUAUGAGGAUUAUCAAGAAGACGUGCAACUGAAGGAUCCAGACUUCAGUAACAACAGACCUGGACAAAGGUUGAGACCUUUUGAUGGACACCAGUUUCAUGAUGAAUGUAACAAAGGCCGUGGUCAAAGGCAGAGAUCUUCUCCUGACCAUCCAUCUCAUAAUGAUUUGCAGGAAGAUAGGCAGUCAAAGGAUUUUGGUUUUCGUGGCAGAGGCCGUGGCCAAAGGCGAAGACCAUUCCAUGACCACCAGUCUCAUGAUGAAUUUCAGACUCAGAUGCAGUUGAAUUGUGUCAACAAAGGUCCUGGCCAAAGACUAAGAUCUUUCCAUGACUAUCAGUUACAGGAUGACUUACAGCCACAGAUGGAAUUGGGAGAAUUUGAAUUUAUUAAUAGAGGUUGUGGGCAGAGGUCGAGACCUUUCAAUGAUCCCCGGCCUCACAAUGACUUACAAACAGAGAUGCAACUAAAAGAUUAUGAUAAUAAAGGCCCUGGACAAAGGCACAGACCUUUUCAUGACCAUCAGCCUUAUGAUGAUUUACAGGAACAGACUCAGUUGAAAGAUUUUGAUUAUUUUAAUAAAGGGCACGGACAAAGGCCAAGACCUUUUCAUGAUCAUCCAGGUCACGAUGACUUGCCACAUGAAUGGUGUUCAGACAGACGUCAGUCUUUUUCUUUCCAUGAAAAUGUACCAGAUCCUCAUUUCUCUUCAUCUCCUCCACCUCACAGAGAUUAUGGGUCUGAUAAUGAUGACUUUAACAGAAGUUAUAGUAAUCGACUGAAUUGUCCUGAAGACAAUAGGAGAAUGCAUCCCUCAGAUGAAUUUAGUAGAGGAAAAAACAGAUUUGCACCGUAUUCUUCACGAACAAUGCAUUCAUCUUCAUCUGUACACCAAGAAGACAGUUCAAUAGACUAUGAAAGAAAACUUUUUCAAGGUGAAACUACCAGAGAGACAGAACAAAGCAAAAGAUUACCAGUUGUAGCAGUUGAUUACAAUUAUGGUCUGCCAUUAGAUUAUGGACCUGAAGAGGGAGAGAGAAAGCAUUAUGAUUUACCUCCAAGAGACUGCUACAACUGGAACUGAAUAAAAAGGACAAUGUUUGCUCAGCUUAGACUUACUCAUUUUACUUUUGUAUGUGGACCAAUUUGGUUUUUUUUAAAUUAGGAAAAUACAAAUUUCAGUAGUAGAGAACUGGUCUCUACUGUAAUAUUAGCUUCUACAGAUGUUUGGUUCAGUCUCAGUACAGAGGGAAUUAAAGUAGUCCUUCCUUUUAGCAAAAUCAGAACCCUGUACCUUAAAACAAACAACUGUCUAAGUGAUUGUAGUUCUAUCUUUUGUUUUACAUUUCUUUAAAAUGUAUGGAAUUUCCAGAUGCAAAGCUCAUAAUAAAGUACUACACUAUAAGGUAGACUAGGAUUGAGAUUAUAGAAAAAAUACUAUGAAAUGAGUGAAGCAAAUUUGUGUCCACUUGAUCCUUUAUUUUUAAAAUAGCAGUUUGAAUUAUUGCUAAAAAUCUGUGGCAUUGCAGUUUAAUUCCAGAUUUUCUCUACCAUCAACUGAACUGACGUGGUUGCACUGUAUAGCAGAUUGUUUCCCAGAUUGCUAAAAACAUGGGAACAAAUGGAGUUUGAAUACUCUACAUGUAAAACUUGCUUUUCAGUAACCUGGAUAUCCCAUCCUGACUGUAUUUUUUUUCUGAUCCCAUAGGUUAUAUAUGUUUCAGAAUUUCCUAGUGCAUGCAAAUUUCACAGUUUUCUCAGCAACACAUCCAAAUGAAGAAACUUGUGCAUCAUCAGCUUACCUGUUGCAACUGGCCAAAGUCACCAGUGCCGAUAUAUUCAUACCUCCUUCUUUGUCAGUCAUAUCUGUCCUGCUCUACAGUUCUAUUUUUUACCAGUUUCUUUUUACAGCACAGCAGAGUAAUGUAAUUGGAACAAAAUAAUCUCUUCAUGUAGGUUACAAAAUAACCUCUACAUGUAUUGAACAGUCUCCUCUGAACUGCCACUUCAGUGGGUCUCAAGAAGGUAGUGCAACAAAUUCAUGCCAGCAGCUGCACAGUAGCAGGAACAGCUCCUACUUGGUGGAAAGGAAAUCUUAGUUUAGAGGAUGGAAAAUAGUAUUAAUGUAAUAGGUAAAUUAUUACACUUUAACAAAUUUGUCAUUUUAAAGCCAUCAGGAAAAGGAUAAAGCUCAACCACGAUAUUGAAAUAAACAAUUAACAUGAAUGCUAGACUUAACUUAUGAAAUUAAGAAACUGCCUCAAAAGCAGCACAGCUGCAAAGCCUAAAGCAAGAGAGUACAGGUAUACACUAGAAAACUGGAAAAAAAAAAGUGUUCAAAGCCAGAAGCCAAAAUACUUUUUUGCCUUUUAGCAGCAGCACAAAACCCAGAUUUCUGAAUUCAUGUUUUUUAUGACUGCUAAAUAAGGACUAGAUUUGAAAAAUGUGGGACAUCUGGCAACCGUUGUUUUGUAACACAUCCAAAAAGUUCUCAAAAUCAAAGGAUUCUGGGAUAUAAAUUCAAAUUACAAAUGCUUUGCUGCCUUUGCAACUGGUAGAACAACUUUGGCUUUGUUCAUUGCAUAAAGUAAUUAGCUUUCUCAUUUUCACAGCAGCUAGUCAAUUGUAUUUCCAAUUAGAUCUCUGAUUGUGAGCUUCAUUCAUGUGGUGUGAGGAAUGAAGCUUCUCAAUAUAUAAACCGGUUAUGGAACUGAGCACUAAAUGUUAAGGCAUUUGUUCUUUCACUUGCCUUUUUUCUUUAAUUUGGAGGCAAAAUGGGUUACUACAUUGCCAGAGUCUUUAAAAAAACAACAAAACCACUUUUCUGGUAUUCUUCAGUAGGGAGCUAAGAAUUAGAGACCAGUAUUACAAGCACUUGGUUGGGUUUUUUUUAUAUGUAUGUACUACAGGCAUGUAGUACAUAUUUUUUACAUGUAGUACUACAUAUUGCAGUAUGUAGUAUUCAUAAUGGGAACAAAGGGACAACAUUUGCCCUUCAUAUUUUUGUUUUAGCGUUUGAAUUAUGACCCUACAGUCAAUCCUUAGUUACUUCCAAAUGUGGGAGCUAGGACUCUCUGGAGAGUUGAAACACUGGUGUCCAGUACAAAGAUAAAUGUGGUUUGAGGAGUUAGGAUCAGCACUAGCUGUUACCAGACCUUGGACAGUUCCUGUAGGACCCUUGGAAAGUUUAGAUACAGUUUCAUAACUAUGUUGAAUUUCUCUUUUCAAGCAAAAUUAAUAGACAUGAUAUUUCCACAGAUGGCUUGGAGAUGAAUAUAUGAAAAUAACCAAAGUUUGAUUUGUAUACUUUCUUUUCUAAGAAUUUAGUGUAAGGCUUUCCACACUACUGUUCCUAACAGAAUUAAGGCAGAGCUAAGCCCACAUAAUACAUUAUAAACUGUUACUAACAUUUAUCUCAAAUUCCACAGCUGAGUCAUCACUGCCUAUUUGCAUCUGUAGUAUUCGAUUACUGAUAAAUCCACAUGGUGGAGAAAGAAAUGAAAUGUUUCUUGUUUUUUAACUGCAUAUUGUGUUACAGUUGUACUCCUAAAAGAAAAAAUUCCACAAAAAAACCCCAAUAACUUUUCUCUUAUUUAU